GGUAUCAACCAAAUAUUAAUAAAAUAUUUUAAAAUUUAUUUAUAGAAUUGCAUAUUUGCUUAUGUGAACAGUGUAUUAAUUUUUUUUUAGUUUUUCUAUGGUAGAUGUUUUUACGGUAUGGUAGUGUUCUUACCUGAAAAGACAAAAUAUUUUUCUUGUUGUCAUAUGGCUCUGUGGAAUUCGGAUAUUAGGUGGAACUGUUGAUAGUCAUAAAAUUUAUACGGAUUUGAAAAUAAAUUAAAAAACCUUGCUGAAGCUCGUAAUCAUCGAUUUAUAGAGCUACUCUUGUUGAUAUUUAAGUAAAUGGAUCUGUAUGAUGGCAUUGAUACGAGGGCGCGAUCAAGCCAGAUUGAUGGAUGGUCUUCGGGCAUAAAAAUGUUGCAGACCCAGUUGGCAAUAAAAAUGGCUGUCAAAAAACCGCUCAUGACGCCAGUUGUCAAUCUAAGGGCCAAACGUCUCGCAGAGCCGGAAGUUACAUGUUCAGCUCCAAUGACUACGGUUGUAUACAAGACUUUAAUAACUGGCAAAGCCCUUCCACCCAUUCCGGAAAGCGUAAACAAGGGCGACUGGGACGCUACUGAUGAAUACGACCCGCAAUGGCCAAAUGAAUAUGAAAAACUCAAGGAGAAAACUAAUGGCAGUGACAAAAACCGAGGUUUCGUUUGUGGAAGCGAAGAGAAAGAAAUAGAUCGGAAACGUGGACGCGUCGGUCGUCGAGAAGUUCACAGAGACGAAGUCUUAGCCCCUAAUCUAAAGUUUACCGGGUUUGGCCAGCGACAACUCGAUGAUGACAUAUACUUGCCAUCUGCGGGCUCUGUAGCUAAACAGGGAGGUGCAACAAUUGCUCCACCUCCGUCCCUCCAAGAAAUAUCAAUUGAUAGUGGUUGCGAAGUCACUAAUUCCAUGCCAUAUUCUGCCAGUUCGGUAGCCGCCAAAAUUAUGGCUAAAUAUGGAUUUAAGGAUGGUCAAGGCCUCGGAAAAUCGGAGCAGGGUAUGGCCAUAGCCCUUCAAGUGGAGAAAACCUCCAAGCGUGGGGGACGGAUUAUACACGAAAAAGACGUUUUUCUGCCACCUCUGGCAUUGUCGCCUCCUGCGGAUGGCUCCCAAGUAGGACCAAGUCCCGGUCACAAGGCCAUGCCUCCUCCCCAGGUGGCAGGCACGGCGACUGAGAGUGGCGAGACCGGGUCCACCAUUACGGAGAUUAUGAAAUCACCAAGCAAGGUGGUUCUUCUACGUAACAUGGUAGGACCCGGGGACGUAGACGAAGAAUUGGAACCUGAGGUAAAGGACGAAUGCAACACAAAGUACGGGGAAGUGAACAGCGUCAUUAUUCACGAAUCGUUCGGAACUGUGCCAGAAGAUGCGGUUAAAAUAUUCGUGGAAUUUAGGCGCAUCGAAAGUGCCAUUAAAGCUGUAGUGGACCUGAAUGGGCGCUUUUUUGGAGGACGUCAAGUACGAGCAGGGUUUUACAACUAUGACAAGUUUAAACGUUUUCAAUUGUAUUAACACUAAUACAAAUAAGAAGAGACGUUGACACUGCCCCUGACUGUUUUUUAGAAAUGAACUGGCAAUCCUGUUUUACUGAAGCGUUUAAACAAUUCGAUCUCAAUAAUUUUCAAAUGUCGAGGAUUGAACAGUAGUUACUGGAACAUAUUUUCUAACAGCGAUUAAAGGGAGAAUUACAUAGAUACGGCAUCAUUGCGUUAAAGGGUGUUCAGACAUAAUCAAUCAACUGAGGAUAUAAAUGAAGAAAUUUGCCAGUAAUCGUUACUUGUAGAGUAAAAGGGUAUACUAGACCCCUUGAAAAGUAUGUAACAGGUAAAAGCAAUCGCCAAGUCGAUCUGGCCUUUUCCGUAUGACCGCCUCGAUCUCAAAAACUUGAAAAGCAAGAAAAAGAUUAAACAUGCAAGGAAAUAGAAGCAGCACCCACACUUUUAAAAAUGUUAUAUUCUUGUAACAUUUGAUCGAUCUGUCAAAAAAAUGUUUUCGUUCCCACUAAUGCCCACAAGCCGCAGAAAAUUUCCACGCCCACACUUUUGAUAAACUAAAUUAAAUGUAUUUUUAAAAUUUCUAUCGACCAAAAAAUGAAAGUCGGGGAAUUCUAAGGUAUUUGGUAGAAGCAACUUUAUUUCCUCUGCUUAACUUGGCAAAGUGCUGCCAUCAGCUUAAAAGGAUGGCCUUGCGUCACGUCCGGCUCUUUGGAUGAUCACAUCUAGAAAAUGAAUAACUUUCUGUUGGUGCCGGCCACAUUAAAAACCUUUGAUAUAACCAAAGACAUUAGAAUAAAACUAUGCGUGACGGCAAUACAAUAGUUUCGCACUAUGCAGCUAGUGCUUUUUUCAAUAGAUAUACGAAACAAUUUUCUUCAACAAAGAAGCUUCCUUUUAUAAUGCAUUUAGAUUUACACUUUUAAAUAUGUUAAGGAAAAUAAAGAACUCAACAUGUGCCGAUUGCUCAUAUUUUUACAUUUCUGCUGCUAAAAUAAUAGCAUCUUUUUCAAUUAUGUUUCAAUUUUACGAUAUACCCUUAAAAUUUGUGAAUAUCAACAUAAAAUUUCUAACAUUUAUAUAACGACGUAUUCUAUUAUUUUACGAAACAAUAAAGCACUUAAUUAAUUUCAACCAA